AUGAAAAACGUGAUUAGUAUAGAUGCAGGUCAAGGGCCAUUAGAUGACGAAUACUAUUAUAGAUUAACCUCAAUUAACACCAUCUUUUUCACAAAGAGUUGUUUUUAUUCACCCAUUACAUUUCAUUUCAUUCUAUUAUCAAUAUGGUGGUUAAUUAUGUAUUCUGCGUGGUGGGAUACAUAA